GGGAGUUUCAGACAGAUGGACUAAUCAGAGUUAAGGUUGGACUUAUGGCAUUUUAAUAGUGAGGGGAACUAGGUAUAUAUGAGAACAUGAGACGCGCCUGAGCAGGAAAUUCUCCACGGUACACGUCUGUCUGAAAAUGAGAUAGGGGUCAUCCACGACCAUUACGUUGGCUUCUACCUUGACAGGGACAUAGAUGGCUCUGAUAAUUCCUUUGUCAAAUUGGAUAUCAAAAGGCAGGACAUUUCUUCUGGGAGUCACCUAGAAAAAGCUAUCUCAAAGCUGUAAAAUGUGGCCAAGACUGAGAAAGAUGCACAGAUUCGGCUAGUUCCAUGUGACCAACCCCACCAAAAAGACACGCAUCGGAAAUCCUGUAGCGUACAAAGUGGUUCCGGCUGCCACUGCUGCUAGCUUGCUUGACCAUGAUGUCAACCAAAAUAUAAAGUGCUUUUUAUGUGAUCAAUUUCCUGAAGAUACAGAUCAUCUUUUUUUGUCUUGCAACAUCUCCUCCAAAUUAUGAACAAAAUGUCUUAAUUGGUGGGGAUUAUAUUAUGCUCUCGGGAAUACUUGUCUUGAUGUUUUCAACCAGUAUAAAUGGUAUAAGGGUUCAAAAAUUCUAAAAAUGGGAUAGAUCAUGAAGCUAAAUGAGGAUAAGUCGUUUGAAAUAGUACAAGCAUGCUCAUUUCACUAGGUUAGAAAUAUGUUAAAUUUAGAAUAUUUUUCUUUCAUGGAAUGAAUUUUUAAUCAUGCUUGACAAAUAGGAAAUAAAGAUUUUGAUGGGUACAGUUGGAUUUUAGGUCUCUAUAUUUUUGGGACUGCUGGGUGAAUUUCUUUUGAUCCCAUUUUUUACACGUAACUUUAUAUAUUGAUGUUUAUGGGUUAGAGUACCCCUUGUACUCAUAUAAUAAAAUUCAUCUUGACCAUGAUGAUCCACCGCAGAAGGGAGCAGCGUUCACCAACAACCCGAUAUGGGUUACUCCAUACGUACAACCGGAGCGAGCAAUGGGCUGGAGGCUUGUUUACGUACCAGAGCCAUGGUGAAGACACUCUUGUUGGGUGGUCUGAAAGAGAACGACCCAUCGAGAACAAAGACAUUGUAGUGUGGUAUACACUAGGCUUCCACCACAUACCAUGUCAAGAGGAUUUUCCCAUCAUGCCGACUGUGUCCGCGAGUUUUGAUCUGAAGCCAGUUAAUUUCUAUGAGAGAAACCCCAUUCUUGGAGUUCCACCUAAUUUUGAGAAGGAUGCAGCUGUUUCUGCAUAAAACACUCAUUCUGCACUUCCUUUAGGCAGAGUAUAGCAACCAAACAAAAUAAAAAUUGUAAAAUUUUUUUCUGCUCUUAACCCCAAAGAAAUCUAACGCUACAGAUAGACAGUGGCGGAGCAAACGGGAACUGAGCCUAAAGUUUUGUGGCACUAUUAGUUUAGUCCGCUAUGUUUUAUUUUUAUUAUUUUCAUUUUUAU